AGCUGUCAAUAUGCAAUCCUACUCGGCGAUUCACCACCAUGAACUGAACAACACUAGCAUUUCCAUUCCUCUCUAAUUUCCCCACUUUGAACAAAUAUUUUCCACAAAUUGAAGGUUUAGUGAGGAUGAGCAGCGGCGGGAAAUUGUAUUGGGCGCGGAAUCGUGGAGAAGAAUGCCAAGCAAAGGGGAUAGUCGUGGUUUUUGCCUGGGUUUCGGUUGGCGAUGUUCAAUUGAAGGAUUUCGUAGCUCACUGCUCCUCUCUCGGAUGGAAUUGUCUCGUUUCCCGCGCCGAUUAUCUUAACCCGUUCAUCCCAGAGAGAGCUACAUCACUGGCGUUUUCUGUCCUUGCCGAGCUUGUUAAGGAACUUAGGUGUGGAAUAUGCCCUGUUGUUCUUGCAUCCUUCUCCGGUGGUUCAAAAGCUUGCUUUUAUAAAUUACUUCAGAUUGUAGAAGGAUGUUCUGAUAUGGAGCUCAGCCUGGAGGAUAGUAGAAUUCUUGCAAACUGCAUCUCAGGUCAGAUCUAUGAUUCUGAUCCUAUUGAAUUUACUAAGGACCUCGGUGCUCGAUUUGCUUUGCACCACUCCAUUCUCAGAAUGCCUGGGUCGUCAAAACUAGUAUCGUUAGUUGCAAAAGGUGUUACUUCAAGUUUGGAUGCUUUAUUUAUUACCAGGUUUGGUUCCCAACGUGCAGAGUACUGGAAAUCCCUGUAUUCAUCAGUUGGACUGGGAGCCCCAUUUCUCAUUUUAUUUUCAGAAAAUGACGAUGUGGCUCCAUGUUCAACUGUGUGCGACUUUGCUCAGAAUCUACAGGAUUUAGGGGCUGAUGUUAAACUUGUGAAGUGCGAUACCUCCAUCUGUACAGGUUCCUACAAGCAUCCAUCAGUACAAUAUACAGCUGCUGUAACUGAGUUUCUCGAGCAUGCAGUUUCUAUUUUCUCUGCGAAGCUUCAGAAACUCGGGGAGAGGUCUUAUAUGGAUGAUGAAGUUUCCUACUUGAUAUGUGACCUCCAGAACGCGGCAGUCGACUCAAAUCAAAGUUUCAGAAGAGUUGCAGUUGGACCAAAUGACCACUUCUUCCUGCCAAGUUCAUCAGGUUAUCAAAACAGCAGAGAAUUUGGUUCUACAGCCAGAGAUAGGUUACCUCAUCGUUCAAGCCCCCCUUGUCUGAGUGCAAAUAGUGUCCUUGGCCAAGCCCUUUUUGAUGCAUGUGUUCCAAAGAAGGUAGAAGGCUGGGAUAUCAAAUUCACUGGCUCCUUAAACGGAGAGCCAUUUGCUUCUGUUCGUAGGAGGUCACCAGUGCGUGGCAUCAAGCAUAGAUCAAGGUUAUGACGGAUUGGAGUUGGGCAGUGCCAGUGACGGAGCUAGUGGGAGUUUCUAGUAAAGAUUCUUGGAGUUGGGCAGUGCCAGCGAUGGAGCUAGUGGGGGCGUGGCCAGUGCUGGACCAUGGCGGAGUGAGGUGGUGUUGGGCGGAGAAGAAAUGGAGCAAACAUGGAUUAAAAAAUGAAGCAGUUUCAACCAUUUUGGAGAUGAAUAUGUGUUUUGUAGGUAAUUGAGUGAGAGUUUUUAUUAGUACUAAUUCCUUAUGUUGAAUCCAUUAUGUAGUUUGAAAGGUCCCCAAAUAAGACUGUUAGAUUAUAAAUUA